AUGCCUUCCGGGGCGUUUGACGGGAGAUGGGCCAAGAAACGUUACGAGAAAUUCAAUUCGAAUGGCGGCUACGAGAAUGCUGUCCAUCAGCUGAUGACGGUGUUCUGCCAUUGGACCUGGUACAUCAGCGGUCAUCAGUUCAUGGUCUGCGAUCUGCAGCAUCGCAAGUAUAUUCUCACGGAACCAGCAAUCCACUCACACGACAAACGGUUCGGCCUUACAGAUCUCGGCAUGUACGGAAUGGAGCUUGAGCUAGGUAACCACAAGUGUAACAAGAUGUGCCAAAGGCUGGGCUUCGACAACCCGAUGACAGGCGUCUACGUUCGCACGGGCCCUAGGUCCACUACGUACUCGUUCCAGGUAACGGAAGAAGAGCUACUGAAGGCAAGGCGUGGAAGAAGCGAUCACUUCCAAAUAAUGUCACCCAUAUUCGAAUAG